CAGCCUUCAGGCGGUCUAUGUCUUCUGUCAACGCCCACUGCGCCGCCUUCAACUCUCAACGACUCUCGUCUGUUAUCUCAUAGGACGUAAACAUCGUUAAGUGAACCAGGCAACGCCGGUUCAAAGGACUUACUGAAUUGAACUUGCGUUGACAACGUUGAACGUUGAAACACUGACGUGUAGCUGUCCGCCUUCGUCGAUCGACUACUGAUGCAAAACGAACACGUACACGCAGCAGGCUAUGCUUUUGUAAUGUCGAAUGCAACAAACAGCGAAGCUGCCCAGUCAGGUAUGAGUGGCAGAGAUGUCGACGUACGGACGACUGAAAGCGCCAACGAAGCUGCGUCUAGAAGUGGCGAACGGAGAGACCUGCUCCAAGAGUACGCUACCUCGCCUGUGGCGGAUGCAAAGCAGUCUACUACAGUAGCAAAUGCGCUGUCGGGCGUCACUCUACUGGCAUUUCCUUUGGACAUCAUCUUUGAAAUCUUUGGGCAGUUGUGUCCGCUCGACCUUGCGAAUCUGGCACAGACCUGCAAAACCUUCCGCGCACUCCUAGAAUCUCCCCAGAGCGAUGGACUGUGGAAGACGGUCAAACAGCUUGCUGGAGAAACCCCGGACGGUCCGGCGUGCGUGCCGCAGGUUGCUUGGAUAAGAGCAAUGUAUUGUGGAUAUAAAUGUGUGGGAUGUGGACAGUUUGCCAGAGAUGAUGUCAAUUUUGCGUUGUUACGGCGCAUAUGCUUUUACUGUAGACGGGAACGGCUUAUUGAACACGACACCUUCAUGAGUACUUCUGAUCGUUCGGCGCUCUCUGCCUUUGUCUUGCAACUCAUCCCGCACACAUCUUUGAAGAAUGAUAAUGGAUCAGCUAUCCCAGGAAAAUGGUACUGGAGCGCCGAUAUCACUGCAACAACGAAUCUGGUUCUCAAUUACUGGAAGGAUGCUCAAGAAGGGAAGAGUGCGCCGAGAGUUGCUCUGGACAAGAUCAAGCAAGAGCGCAUCCGAUACGUACAAGCCAUUACCGAACACGCAACGAAAUGUCGAGAAUGGGUGCAUACGCGUAAGGAAGAGGAAAAGGCACUUAGGGUCACACAAUUCAAACGCAUCGAAGAGUUGUUCGGAGAGUUGGGCUACACGACUGAACACGUUCAGAAAAUCAAAGGCUUUGGUUGGGAGCGCCACAUCGGGAAAGCUUGCCGUGAGGUGACCGAGCAAGCGUGGCAGCGCGUCCGAAUUGCGCUUGAGCCGCGCCUCAUGGCAGGCCGAGUCAAGCGUAUCGAACAGGGACAUCCGGACACGAUACGCGCUCGCAUGAAUGCGCUGAAGACUUUGUAUCACGACUACUGUGACCAGCUGCCUCUGCGCCCCAUGGAUAGGGUCCAUCUCCCACCGGUCGAUAUGAUCUACAUGACUCCGACCUUCCGUCCUCUGAUCUACGAGAAUCUCGUUGCCCCAAUUGGACUGGUCAAGGAGCAAUGCAAUGAGGCCGCUCAACACUUCCCGAACAUCAUCUCGAGCUAUCAUGCCAGUGUCAAGUGCGCGUUGCUGAAGAGCAUGGAAGGUUGCACGAAGCUCGAGAACUCAGGUGUCGAUAUGCAGCACCUCCUCUCCUUAGCUUGCUCUGUUUAUGAGUCGUACGUCAUGGUCGGCCUCGACCCUGUACUAAUGUCGUCUAUGGACGCAGUACUGUCGUACUUGUCAAGAACCCGAGAGGGGCACAGUGACUAUACAGUGCCGCUCUUCUGGUUAAGAUUGCAGGCCUCUCACGACGGCGCCAAUCUCGGGAUCUUCGACUGGAGUAUGACUGGAUUUUCAAUCCUCAAGCCAUUGGCGAUCGCGCUAGGCCUCGAUCCGAACAAGGCGCGACCUGAAGACUUUGACGAACUUGAUAGACAUGUAUUCUGUGAAAAUGCCAAGUGCUCUGAUACCUCGUAUGGCUUGGUGUACUUCGAGAUUCACAGUUGGCGUACGAUCAUCCAACACUGCUGGCUCGAGCAUAUAGAAGGUCCCCAGUUGCCAGUCAUCUCACUCUUCAGCGAGGAGGCCUCCGCAAAGAUACGGUGCCUUCCGGAUGCGAAAACUGCACAGAUGCAGAUGAAAUGGGCCUGUAAUCAUUGUUCGGUUCAUCUCGAGGCUCUGCAGGCCCGAAAUACGGUCGUGGAACAUGUGCGUGAAAUACAUGGAAUCAAGGAGCCGGAAGAUUACAUCGAUUUCUUCCAUGUUCAUCCUGAAGAGCGCUUCGUACCGUUGUGGUGUACACUCCAUGGACUGACCUACGAGGAACUUGCGAUCGAUACAUAGUAGGUUCUGGGCGACGUCUGGAGCUAUUUUCAAACGCCUACCCAUGUUCCUCUACAAGUCUUUAAGUUGCCAUGGUGAAUACAUCAUCUCCCUUGGACCGAUAACCCGUGU